AUGCUGCAGAUCGGGGAGGACGUGGACUAUUUGCUCAUCCCCCGCGAAGUCAGACUGGCGGGAGGCAUCUGGAGGGUCAUCUCCAAGCCCGCCACCAAGGAGGCAGAAUUUCGGGAGCGGCUGAUCCAGUUUCUGGAGGGAGAAGGCCGCACCCUGGAGGAUGUGGCCCGCAUCCUCGAGAAGAGCACUCCGCACCCGCCCCAGCCCUCCAGGAAACCCAAGGGGCCCCGGAUGAGGAGAGUCGAGCAGAUGGUGACCCCACCUCCCCGGCUGGUCGUGGGCACUUAUGACAGCAGCAACGCCAGUGACAGCGAGUUCAGCGACUUCGAGACCUCCAGAGACAAGGGUGACAAGGGCCACAGAGGCACGGGGCGUGGCAGGAAGGUGCGCAAGAUGCCUGUCAGUUACCUGGGCAGCAAAUUCCUUGGGAGCGACCUGGAGAGCGAGGAUGAUGAGGAGCUGGUGGAGGCCUUUCUCCGGCGAGGGGAGAAGCCCAGCGUGCCGCCAGCCCGCCGCCGGGUGAACCUGCCAGUGCCCAUGUUUGAGGACAACCCGGUGCCCCAGCUGUCCAAAGCGGACAGGUGGCGGGAGUAUGUCACCCAGGUGUCCUGGGGGAAGCUGAAGCGGAGGGUGAAGGGCUGGGCACCGAGGUCCAGCCCAGGGGUGGGCGAAGCCUGGCAGUCCUCUACCAGGUUGGAGGGGGAUGGCGCAUCAGUGCCACGCAGCGCAAGCCUUGGGGAUAAUGUGGGAAAUGCAGGAGACGGGCAGGUGCCUGAGAGCCCCCCAAGAUGGUGGAGGCCUAAGAUCAACUGGGCCUCAUUCUGGCGUCGCAGGAGAGAGGAAGCAGCAGCCAGAGCUCAGGGGGCAGAGGCUAUAGAUGAGCAGAGAGUGGAGGCCGUAGAUAAUCAGAGGGUGGAGGCUGUGGAUGAUCAAAGAGCAGGGGCCAUAGCUGUCCAGAGGGCAGAGGCUGUGGGUAAUCAGAGGGCAGAGGCCAUGGCUGUCCAGGGGGCAGAGGCUCUGGAUAAUCAGAGGGUAGAAGCCCCAGCUGUCCAGAGGGUAGAGGCUGCAGAUAAUCAGCGGGCAAAGGCACCAGAUGUCCAGGGAGCAGAGGCUGUAUCUGAUGUGGCAGAGGCCAUAUCUGACCAGAGGGCAGAAGCUGCAAAUAAUCAGAGGGCAGAGACCCCAGCUGUCCAGGGAGUUGAAUCCUCAGCUGCUGGGAGGGCCCUAGGGGUCAGCCCAGGAUCUAGGACCCGGAAACAGGUCAAGACAGUGAGGUUCCAGACCCCUGGACGCUUUUCAUGGUUUCGAAAGCGCCGGAGAACCUUCUGGCACACUCCCCGGUUGCCCACCCUGCCCAAGAGAGUCCCCAGGGCAGGCGGGGCUAGGAGCCUCAGGGUCCUGAGGGCUGAGGCCAGAGCAGAGGCAGAACAUGGAGAGCAGGAAAACCAGCUGUGA